AUUAUCACACUGUUAAGAAUGCAACUAGACAAAUUUAAUUUCACAACAUUACUACUACUGCAUUAUUUAAAUCAUGGAUAAAUUAAAUGUUAAAGAAUAGAAAUUAAACAAAUUUUUAUCUAAAAGUACUAAUUUUUUAAGUUAAUUUUGAUUCACUUUUAAAUUUGCAAAUGUCUUCGUUAAAUAUUUUGUGCGCAAUUUGUAGUGAAUUUUUCAAACACAACGAUAUAAUAUACUCUACCCGUUGUGGACAUGUAUUCCACAAGGGGUGUCUAUUCAGGUGGCUAAGACGUUCAUUAACCUGUCCACAAUGUCGAAAGAAUUGUUUGAAACAUAAUUGUCAUCAGUUGUAUAUUAAUUUUGUGGAAACGGUACCUAGUGAAAAUGGACCGGAAAUGGAAUUUCCUAAAAUUUACGAUUGGCUUUAUAUAGAACAUGAUAUGGAUGUUAGUGAUAUAGAUGCCUUCGCUUUGAAAUUUGGCCAGAAUGAAGAAGGCAAUGAUAUAUAUGCUGCUCGUGGUCGAUUCAAUGGUGAUCUUAUACCUGGCUAUUAUGUGCCUCACAAGAAAUCCGUUAUUGUUCCUUGGGGUUUUAAAUCACACUUAAUUACCGAUGACAUAGAGUUAUUAGAUGUUUCAAAUGAUGAUGCAGAAUACAAAUGGGUUGCAGCAUCCAAUGGUGAAAUUCCCGAAAAUGCCUUUGCCACUGGACACACUAUCAUGGGUGAUGUUCUCUAUACGGCGCGAGCGGAACAUGAAAAUAUGAUGUUAUAUGGUAAACUGCAUCAACGUUAUAAUUCAGCAUAUGUGCCUUAUAAAGAUCUGGAAAUUUGUACUGGUUCUUACGAGAUUUUAGUGAGGAAACCUAAAAAAAAUACUACUACAGAUGUUCAGCACCAAAAACAUUUCCCAAGAUUUUAUGUAUAAAAAUAAAACAAAAUAUGUUAUUGCAAAAUUAA